AUGAGAAACAACAACACACACAUCUAUCACGUCAUGAGAAACAACAACACACACAUCUAUGACGUCAUGAGGAACAACAACACACACAUCUAUCACGUCAUGAGUCACGACAACACACACAUCUAUCACGUCAUGAGUCACGACAACACACACAUCUAUCACGUCAUGAGUCACGACAACACACACAUCUAUCACGUCAUGAGUCACGACAACACACACAUCUAUCACGUCAUGAGUCACGACAACACACACAUCUAUCAUGUCAUGAGAAACAACAACACACACAUCUCUCACGUCAUGAGGAACAACAACACACACAUCUCUCACGUCAUGAGGAACAACAACACACACAUCUCUCACGUCAUGAGUCACGACAACACACACAUCUAUCACGUCAUGAGUCACGACAACACACACAUCUAUCACGUCAUGAGUCACGACAACACACACAUCUAUCACGUCAUGAGUCACGACAACACACACAUCUCUCACGUCAUGAGGAACAACAACACACACAUCUCUCACGUCAUGAGGAACAACAACACACACAUCUCUCACGUCAUGAGUCACGACAACACACACAUCUAUCACGUCAUGAGUCACGACAACACACACAUCUAUCACGUCAUGAGUCACGACAACACACACAUCUAUCACGUCAUGAGUCACGACAACACACACAUCUAUCAUGUCAUGAGAAACAACAACACACACAUCUAUCACGUCAUGAGUCACGACAACACACACAUCUAUCAUGUCAUGAGAAACAACAACACACACAUCUCUCACGUCAUGAGGAACAACAACACACACAUCUCUCACGUCAUGAGGAACAACAACACACACAUCUCUCACGUCAUGAGUCACGACAACACACACAUCUAUCACGUCAUGAGUCACGACAACACACACAUCUAUCACGUCAUGAGUCACGACAACACACACAUCUAUCACGUCAUGAGUCACGACAACACACACAUCUAUCACGUCAUGAGUCACGACAACACACACAUCUAUCACGUCAUGAGUCACGACAACACACACAUUUAUCAUGUCAUGAGAAACAACAACACACACAUCUAUCACGUCAUGAGGAACAACAACACACACAUCUCUCACGUCAUGAGGAACAACAACACACACAUCUCUCACGUCAUGAGGAACAACAACACACACAUCUCUCACGUCAUGAGUCACGACAACACACACAUCUAUCACGUCAUGAGUCACGACAACACACACAUCUAUCACGUCAUGAGAAACAACAACACACACAUCUCUCACGUCAUGAGUCACGACAACACACACAUCUAUCACGUCAUGAGUCACGACAACACACACAUCUAUCACGUCAUGAGUCACGACAACACACACAUCUAUCACGUCAUGAGUCACGACAACACACACAUCUCUCACGUCAUGAGGAACAACAACACACACAUCUCUCAUGUCAUGAGUCACGACAACACACACAUCUAUCACGUCAUGAAAAACAACAACACACACAUCUCUCACGUCAUGAGGAACAACAACACACACAUCUCUCACGUCAUGAGGAACAACAACACACACAUCUCUCACGUCAUGAGUCACGACAACACACACAUCUAUCACGUCAUGAGUCACGACAACACACACAUCUAUCACGUCAUGAGUCACGACAACACACACAUCUAUCACGUCAUGAGUCACGACAACACACACAUCUCUCACGUCAUGAGGAACAACACACACAUCUCUCAUGUCAUGAGUCACGACAACACACACAUCUAUCACGUCAUGAGUCACGACAACACACACAUCUAUCACGUCAUGAGUCACGACAACACACACAUCUAUCAUGUCAUGAGAAACAACAACACACACAUCUAUCACGUCAUGAGUCACGACAACACACACAUCUAUCAUGUCAUGAGAAACAACAACACACACAUCUCUCACGUCAUGAGGAACAACAACACACACAUCUCCCACGUCAUGAGGAACAACAACACACACAUCUCUCACGUCAUGAGUCACGACAACACACACAUCUAUCACGUCAUGAGUCACGACAACACACACAUCUAUCACGUCAUGAGUCACGACAACACACACAUCUAUCACGUCAUGAGUCACGACAACACACACAUCUAUCACGUCAUGAGUCACGACAACACACACAUUUAUCAUGUCAUGAGAAACAACAACACACACAUCUAUCACGUCAUGAGGAACAACAACACACACAUCUCUCACGUCAUGAGGAACAACAACACACACAUCUCUCACGUCAUGAGGAACAACAACACACACAUCUCUCACGUCAUGAGUCACGACAACACACACAUCUAUCACGUCAUGAGUCACGACAACACACACAUCUAUCACGUCAUGAGAAACAACAACACACACAUCUCUCACGUCAUGAGUCACGACAACACACACAUCUAUCACGUCAUGAGUCACGACAACACACACAUCUAUCACGUCAUGAGUCACGACAACACACACAUCUAUCACGUCAUGAGUCACGACAACACACACAUCUCUCACGUCAUGAGGAACAACAACACACACAUCUCUCAUGUCAUGAGUCACGACAACACACACAUCUAUCACGUCAUGAGUCACGACAACACACACAUCUAUCACGUCAUGAGUCACGACAACACACACAUCUAUCAUGUCAUGAGAAACAACAACACACACAUCUCUCACGUCAUGAGGAACAACAACACACACAUCUCUCACGUCAUGAGGAACAACAACACACACAUCUCUCACGUCAUGAGUCACGACAACACACACAUCUAUCACGUCAUGAGUCACGACAACACACACAUCUAUCACGUCAUGAGUCACGACAACACACACAUCUAUCACGUCAUGAGUCACGACAACACACACAUCUCUCACGUCAUGAGGAACAACACACACAUCUCUCAUGUCAUGAGUCACGACAACACACACAUCUAUCACGUCAUGAGUCACGACAACACACACAUCUAUCACGUCAUGAGUCACGACAACACACACAUCUAUCAUGUCAUGAGAAACAACAACACACACAUCUAUCACGUCAUGAGUCACGACAACACACACAUCUAUCAUGUCAUGAGAAACAACAACACACACAUCUCUCACGUCAUGAGGAACAACAACACACACAUCUCCCACGUCAUGAGGAACAACAACACACACAUCUCUCACGUCAUGAGUCACGACAACACACACAUCUAUCACGUCAUGAGUCACGACAACACACACAUCUAUCACGUCAUGAGUCACGACAACACACACAUCUAUCACGUCAUGAGUCACGACAACACACACAUCUAUCAUGUCAUGAGAAACAACAACACACACAUCUAUGACGUCAUGAGGAACAACAACACACACAUCUAUGACGUCAUGAGUCACAACAACACACACAUCUAUCACGUCAUGAGUCACGACAACACACACAUCUAUCACGUCAUGAGUCACGACAACACACACAUCUAUCACGUCAUGAGUCACGACAACACACACAUCUAUCACGUCAUGAGUCACGACAACACACACAUCUAUCACGUCAUGAGUCACGACAACACACACAUCUAUCACGUCAUGAGUCACGACAACACACACAUCUAUCACGUCAUGAGUCACGACAACACACACAUCUAUCAUGUCAUGAGAAACAACAACACACACAUCUAUCAGUCAUGA